AUGAGGCGCUACGCUUCUUUAUUUGUGAUUGCCGCCUGUAUAUGCGCUGGUUCCAGUGCAGAUGACGAUGAUGACUAUUCUCCACCCGUGCCGUUGCGCGAGGCGGUUACCGCAAGCGUUGAGCCGACAGACAUCAGCGACUCUUCCCUCACCGAAACACCGGCGCUAACUCCUGCAGAAGCCGGUAAGACGCGAAGCCUUGCGUUACGUUUCACGCGUUCACGAUGCCAUUUCAACCCAACAGCCGAGAGACUUCGUCAAGAAGCAAUAACGUCACAACAAAAUGAGGAUGAGGAUGAUGAUGAUUCUACAAAUUCAAACGAAGAUGCUUUUGCAACGGAAGCCAAAAUCUCCGACAUUACCAAGCUCUCAAAAGGCUCCGUGAGGGCACCUAGUGUGGCGGCACUAGAUGCUGAGAUCAGCGAAACCACCGAAAAUAUCAAGGCCCCCAAAAGGAUUCAAAGCAGGAAGCACCGCGUAACAGACGUCAUCGAUGAAAUAAUGGGAGGAGAAUUCAACACUGAAGUGAACCAGAGGAUGGCUGACAGCUUUCUUAGCGCCCGCCCUCAUUUUCUGCGCUCAAAGGCGAACCGUGACCUGUAA